AUGGGUAGUUUAAUCAGUCCCUAUACAAUGGUUAGAUAAUGCUGAUCAGGGGCUUAUGAAGUCUUCCAAACGCUGCAAUCUCCCUGCCUGCCUUCCUACCUACACAGAAACACCACAAGAGUUUAACCACACCAGUGAGCUCUUAGGAAAGGUGAUGCAUAGCAAAGCCACAGGAGACUGAGCACAUUCUUUGGCUGACAGACUCCUGCAGAAGUCAAGAGAUGGAGAAGUAAUAAAUACUUCCCUGCUCUGGCUUGCAACUUAAAACACUUCUUGUAGCUCGGAGGAAAAUCUAACUCUGGAAGGUGAUCUACAACUGAGGUUGACUGGAGUGCUGAUUAAACAGAAAGGAGGGUGUCUUCCCCCAUGCUUGUUCCAAGAAGGGAUGCACAACAGAGCAUUUCUACUUAGGAGAGGAGGGUGAACCUUGGCCAGUUACCACCCAGUCAGGAAUGGAUGCCCUGGCAGAGCCAAUGAGUACAAGAGGCAUAGGGUGUGCAGUGCCCAGUUGCUGAAGGAGGGCAACAUAAGGAACCCAGGCGGUGGAAUGGAGAGAACCUCAUAAAGCAUCCAGACUGGGGCAUCCCAUCUAUAAAGCCACCUGGAGCUUUGAUCUGAUAUCCAAAGGGUCCAGCUUUCUUGGGAGAAAAGACUCUCGCGGAGAUCAACAUUCGGGCUGAUAUUGUGCAACUCUUUCGGAUCAGGUGAGGAAAUCGCAAGAAGUCAGCCAGUUGCACCAUAAAUACUGCAAAAGAAGACAACACCUUUCUGAAGAAAGCUUGCUCACUCUUGAGUUCACCAGCAUGGAGAAGUGCAAGAACACCACGGCCGGCACCUCUCAAUGCGGCUCCAGUGCAACGCCCAUGGAAUGCUAUAUGGUACUUGACAAUUCAGCUCAGACUGUCAUUGCCGUGCUCUGUUACAGCGUUGGGAGCCUUUGUAUCUUGGAGAACUGUUUGGUGCUAUACCUCAUAUUUUCUUCCCCCAAGAUCCGGAACAAGCCUUCCUACCUCUUCCUUAGCAGCCUGGCCUUGGCAGACACGUUAGCCAGCAUGAUAUUUGUCUGUAGCUUUGUCAACUUCCAUGUUUUCAAUAAGAUUGAUUCAUCAAAGGACAUCUUCUUGCUAAAACUUGGAGGGGUCAACACGUCUUUCACAGCCUCCCUCGGCAGCCUGCUGCUGAUGGCCUUUGACCGCUACAUCUGUAUCCUCAGGCCGACAGAGUACAAAGUCCUUGUCACGAGCAGAAGAGCUGUGGUGGCCCUGGUGAUGCUGUGGGUCAUCAUCAUGCUAAUUGCUUUCCUGCCGUUGCUGGGAUGGAACUGCUGCCACCUCAGCUCCCCCUGCUCCGAGCUGUUUCCUUUUGUCGACAACAAAUAUCUCUCAAGUUGGAUUGUCUUGGUGGCCAUCCUUCUGAUAUUUAUUGUCUAUGCCUACAUGAAUGUUCUUUGGAAGGCCCGCAAGCAUGUGGUGUACAUGGAAAAGUACCACAUUCAAACAGGCCAGCAGAACACAAAGGUGAGACUAGAUGUCACACUUGCCAAGACCUUAGUGAUUGUCCUGGUGGUUCUUGUGAUGUGCUGGUCACCAGCCUUGGCUCUCAUGACUUACAGCAUCUUUGCCGAACUAGACGACUCUGUGAAGCAAGCGUUUGCCUUCUGCAGCACUCUCUGUCUGGUGAACUCUAUGGUGAACCCCGCUAUCUAUGCCCUAAGGAGUAGGGAGUUGUGCUCCUCCCUGAAGAGAGUCUGCUCCUGUUUUGGAAGACUGCUGGGUGUAUCUGAGAGCAACCCAGAAGUGGAGAGCACUCAGAAGUCCUGCCCAAUCGAAACCAUUUGCGAUUAAUUUGUCGCUGGAACAGGGGCAGAACUGAUGAAGGUCUGCACUCCAAAUGGCGUCAAAACUUAUACAUAGAGACUGAUGUUUUAUACUUUGUUUGAAGGGACUCUAGAGCUUAUUUUCUACAUGAGUUCGACUUGCCCUUUGAGUAUGGUAGCAGUUUUUCGGUUGCAAUGAUUUCCCAGUUUAUAGAUCAACAGGAACAACUCCAUACAAACCAUCAAAUCACCAGCAAUGGAUGUCAAGGACAGUAUGAAACUAGGGCCAUUAAAGUGGUCCACCUCUGGAACAGGCUAUCAGGUCUGACCAUUUGCAACAACAGGGUGGCAUUUGGAGAGUUUAUUUGUUAUUUAAUAAAAAGUAAAGUGGGAGCACUUCUCUACACUGUGCAAACACAAACUCCAAUUAUUGUGGGCCAGGAUUGGACACAAUCAGGGCUACUCAGAUGUCAUAUUUAUGUGGCAGAGCAGAAAAAAAGGCAGAAUGUAACACUUUGGGAGCUGACCUUAGCUGAAGAGAGUUUGGGAGGCUAAUACACAAAUAAAGAAAUACUGUGUGCAAAAA